AUGAGUAAAAGGUCCCUCUCGACGUCAUAUUUGGAGGACCAGUGGCUGGAAGGCUGCGUGGAAGUGGGGGACGGAACAAAUCAGAAGAAGGCGGCGAGAGCGAGAGGUGGACAGAAGGGAGGGGUGGAACGGGACACAGGGGAGUCGACUGCUCUGAAGACAUUGAACGACUUGAAAUGUAUCGUGACCCUUGGAGUGGAAAUAGCGCCAAGCCUUCCCUCUGAGAAAAUGGCCGUUCUUGUUGUCUUGUUGUUGACUAUCUGUACGCAGGAGUUGGUUUUGUAUGGUGUUCAUUCAACACCACAAGUAGAAUUGGAGCGGCAGCGGACACUGAAUUUCAUUUUGCAGGAAGGACGACGGGCUUUGGCACAACUAGAAGCUGUUGGCCAGAGCUAUCAGACGUUAGGUCAAGGACGAGAGAUACUGCAGCUCUUGGAAGAAUUUAGAACUCCCCAAAAGAAGUCCAACUCUAAGGCGCUAGCUUUGGAAGCUACCAUCUCAUCGUAUCGAAUUGAACAGUGUAAAGAGGCUCUACAACAACUGCAAUCCUGGAUACAAAGCUCUGUUUCGAUACCCGAAGAGGUGGCGGAACGGGCUCUCAAUCUUGUCUCCCUGACUCGACAUCUGGGCAAGGCAAGACUCAAGAUGGAUGCAAAUGCGGGUGGCUGGGUUGCAUCAAUACAAGCGCAGCUCUGUUUGUUUGCAAUUGCCGAACAACAUCGCGUACGAAGGCCAUUUUUUCGUCGCCUCCCUGCAGAAGAGGAGAUCGCAAAAUAUCAGGCACGAUACGAACCGCUAACGCAGGCGCUUGCCCGCAGCAUCCAAACGGCUAGGAAACAUCAGCCGGUCGAACAUCAAGGACACGUGUAUGGGGAUCAGCAGCAACAAAAGGACAAUCAAACACUCCACGAGCAACAGCAUCCGUCGACCAGCCACAUUUCUGACAACAAUGAUGAUUCUAGACCCACCCCCCAACCUGCUGUUGAUCAACCAGCGGCUGUGACAACUGAUGCACAGGCACACGCCUUGCAUCAUCCACCCCCCCUUCCUGUCCCCCGCCAAGGACCCCUGCUGACUACAAGUAACACGUUGGUGAACCUGCCAUUGCUCGACCCAACUCAGUCGUCUCCUGCAGACUCGCAACAAAACAUUCCCAUUGCCCAAGCAGAGCGUUGGGAGCAAUCCCCUCCCCACUCCACUCCAAGUGGGUACGAAUUGCAGCAAGCUGCAAUGGCCCAAGAGCGGUCCAUGUUGGACUGUUCUACAGCAAAUUCUAUUCUCCGAGCAAAUGCGCCCCUGCACACAACGAUACGGUAUCGCCAUCAAGCGGCUGGAGGCGAUCAAGGAGACGCACAUUUGCCAUCUACGCAUAAUCUAGUGGACCUCGACCCCCUCGGUCCUCUAGUUGCAGAAGCACUUUCAUCAGCGCUGUCUGAUUCAGAUUCGCCUACGGGAUCUGGACAAGGACCACACAGGGAUCAAGGGUGGCCAUAA